AUGAUGCCCGCGGCGCACGUCUACGGACACCACCAAUUCAAUCCCCAGGGUGGUGAUUCCGCCUGGAUGCACCAGCAGCAAGGUGCGCAUCAUGCCCAUACCCAGCAACAGCAACAACAGGUUGCUGCGGCAGCCGCCGCCGCUGUUCAACAGCAGCAGCAGCAUUUCAACCGUCUUGCUGGCGCGGGUCAGAUGGCUGGCCACGGUCAGGAUGCCGACCAUAAUAACGUUUCGGAGGACAACCGACGCACCAUGGCCUUCAUUGCCGAUCUCCUCAACGAGAACACUCGGGAAGCUGCUUUGUUGGAGCUUAGUAAGAAAAGGGAACAGGUUCCCGAGCUGGCCCUGAUCCUGUGGCAUUCCUUUGGUGUGAUGACCUCCCUCCUUCAGGAGAUCAUCUCUGUCUACACCCUUCUUAACCCCUCUCAGCUCACCGCUGCCGCAUCGAAUCGAGUUUGCAAUGCUCUCGCACUACUUCAGUGCGUUGCAUCGCACAAUGAUACAAGGACUCUGUUCCUCAAUGCACACAUUCCACUGUUUCUCUACCCCUUUCUCAACACCACCUCCAAGUCUCGCCCCUUCGAAUACCUACGCCUGACCAGCCUCGGUGUCAUUGGAGCACUUGUCAAGAAUGACUCUACUGAGGUCAUCAACUUUCUCCUGACAACAGAGAUUAUCCCCCUCUGCCUCCGUAUCAUGGAGACAGGCUCAGAGCUUAGCAAGACCGUUGCUAUUUUCAUUGUUCAGAAGAUCCUCCUUGACGACAAUGGACUCAACUACAUUUGCGCCACUUACGAGAGGUUCUAUGCCGUUGGAACGGUCUUGAGCAACAUGGUGGCUCAGCUUGUCGAGUCCCAGACGGCUCGCCUCCUCAAGCACGUCGUCCGAUGCUUCCUGCGUCUUAGUGAUAACGCCCGAGCUCGUGAGGCUUUACGACAGUGCUUACCCGAGCCACUCCGCGACGCCACCUUUUCUUCUGUCCUCCGCGACGACGCAGCAACGAAGAGAUGCCUUGCCCAGCUACUCAUCAACCUAUCGGAUAAUGUCGUGGACCCUAAUGCUGUGGGCGGUUCCGGCAUGUAA